AUGCUGGAAUACGGUCCCACAAUCGUGCACGAGUCACGGGAACAGCACACCGCCACUGUCAUCUUGCUGCAUGGGCUCACCGGAUCUGCGGAGGACUGGGUCCAACGCCUCCCCGAGUUUGAGGUCCCACACAUCAAGCUGAUUGCUCCAAAUGCACCCCUCCGCCCCAUCACACUCGACCUUGGAGAAGGCUCCGGCAAGACAUACAGAGGCUGGUACGACCUAGAUGGAGUGGGUGCUGCAAAGUUCAGGGAGGCCAUGGAUGGCAAGGAAUUCGACCCCGAGGGCCUGAGGGAGGCAGAGGCAUACCUGCGGGGCCUGAUCGACGACGAGGUUGCGGCCGGCAUCCCGGAGCACCGCAUCGCCCUGGUCGGCUUCAGCCAGGCCGGGCGCCUGGUCCUGAAGACCUUUGCAACCUACAAGCCCACACUGGCGGGGGUGGCGGGGCUCUCCACCUGGCUGGCCCCCCAGGACCUGGAGGUGAGGGGCCUGAUGGCGGGUUGCAAGGCGACCCCGGCAGCCCUGGCUCGCCCCAUCUUUCUGGCCCAUGGCGACGCUGACGACCUGGUUCCCUAUGCAACUGGAGAGGAGACCCGCGAUGUGCUGCUGAGAGCUGGGGCCAAGGACCUGGAGUUCAAGACGUAUCCCGGCCUCGCCCACGAACGCUGCACGGAGGAGAUGCACGAUCUGCGAGCCUUCCUGCUACGUGCCCUCCCCGUCUGA